CGUCGUUUGGGAUACAGGAAGGGAAAAUAGCUGGCGCUUCGACUCAACAAGUGGGCUUUGCUCAACUGGUGCGAGUAAGAAAAGCAGAAGUUUCAUAUUCACCUGGUUCACAGUCGCAAUUAAUCCAACUUAAUGGACACCGUGGACUCAGUGUUCUACCCAGGUCCUUCGAAUAACCCGUUAUUGGACCAGCUACCCAGUUACCAGUCCCUGCUGUACCGAAGGAAGUCCUCAGGUGCAGGGGGCACGAAAAGAAGAGGCAGCUCUCGCACACGCUUAAACUCUCGCACGCGCGUUAGCUCAAGCUCCAGCUGGAAAUGGAAAGGGGACAGGGUGGAGGAGAGGCCGACGACACUCUCUCUCGAAAGGACAGUCCGGGAGCUGCCCAAGUGCAUGGAGCAGAAACGCAGAAACAACGUGGAGCGCAUAGAGCAGGCCCGGGACCUGAGCGCCUGGAAGCAGUGGGGACAGAGCGCACGGCACUCCCUCAAGAGGCUGAAGGAAGACUGUGGGCAGGCCCUGAGCUGGCUGGAGCUGUGGAGGCAAGACAUCCACGUCAUAGAGGGGAUGUUUGGCACUGGGAUCCUGUCUUACUUCUCCUUCCUACGCUUCCUGGUGCUGCUCAACUUUGUCAUCUUCCUCCUGAUGUUUGGCUUCGUCAUGCUGCCCAUCAUCAUCACACACCGUGCGUCUGGAAAUGCCACCUUCAACCCCAAACAUGAAGGUGAAUGUACCAUAUACCCCAGCACAUCUCGUCGUGGGCUGGUCGUAUUCCAUCAUUAUAUCACAGACCUUCUCUCAGGGACGGGCUUUCUGGAAGAAACCUACCUGUUCUAUGGCUACUAUAAGGUGGAAACCAUAGAUUUCCCCAGUUUCAGAUAUAAUCUCCCCUUGGCCUACGUGCUCAUCACCGUUGCCUACCUCUUCCUGAGUCUCAUUUGGAUUGUUAAGAGAUCAGCAACCGGAUUCAAAAGGAAACUUGUGCAGGACCAGGACCGCUUCCAGAGCUUCUGCAACAAGAUCUUCGCCGGCUGGGACUUCUGCAUCACCAACGAGAUGGCGGCUCGGCUGAAGAAGAGGAGCCUGCAGUACGAGCUGAAGACGGACCUGGAGGAGGAGCGGAGCAGGCAGAAGGUCGCCGGCCGCACGGUCAGGGAGAAGUGCCGGAUAUACGUGCUGCGGCUGGUCCUCAACUUGUUUGUGGUGGCCGUGCUGGCUGCCUGCUUCUACAGUAUCUACAGGGCCACCAUCUUCUCACAGGAGGCCCAGAUGUACCCACCACGCAACUUCAUCCUGCAACUCAUCUAUGAGUACCUCCCCUCCAUGGUCAUCACGCUGGCCAACUUCAUCACCCCGCUCUUGUUCUCCUUCAUCAUCCAGUUCGAGGACUACUCUCCUGCCUUUGAGAUCCGCUUCACACUGAUGAGGUGUGUGUUCAUGCGUUUGGCCAGCAUUGGGGUGCUGCUCUUCUCCCUCUGGUCUCAGAUCACCUCCUGUGGGAGUUCCAGCUGCCUCUGUGGAUACAAUCACAAGCUCUAUCCGUGCUGGGAGUCCCGUGUCGGUCAGGAGAUGUACAAACUCAUGAUCUUCGAUUUUAUCAUCAUCGGCGCCGUCACCAUCUUUGUAGAGUUUCCACGGAAGCUGUUUGUCACGUACUGUGACUGCAGUUUGGCCAAAUGGUGGGGUCAACAGGAGUUUGCUAUUCCCCAGAACGUGCUGGAGAUUGUGUACGGCCAGACCAUCUGCUGGAUUGGUGCAUUCUACUGCCCCCUGCUCCCAGCCAUUAGCACCAUCAAGUACUUCAUUGUCUUCUACAUCAAGAAGAUGACGCUGGUGAAGAACUGCCGCCCAGCCACUCGUCCCUUCCGGGCCUCUAGCUCCAACUUCUUCUUUCUGGUGGUGCUGCUGAUUGGCUUGGCACUGGCCUGUGUGCCCGUGAUUGUCAGCAUCGCUCAAAUAAACUCGUCCCACGCGUGCGGCCCCUUCAUGAACUACAACACGUCGUGGGAGGUGGUGCCGCAGGCGGUGUCCCAGCUGCCCGGGGGCCUGAAUACCUUCCUGAAGGCCAUUUCCUCAGAGGCCUUCGCCGUCACCUUCUUUGUGGUGACAGGCCUGGCCAUGUUUUAUGUGAUUGCGCUUGCCGGAGCCCACAAGCGCGUGGUGAAUCAGCUGAGGGAGCAGCUCGCCAUGGAAGGGAGGGACAAGCGCUUCCUGAUCCAGAAGCUGUACCAGGCACAGAAGACGCCUGUGAGAUCCACCCAAAAUCUCGAAGAACCCGGAGGGGUGUUUCUGGUUCAGCCUCCUGCGGUCUCUGCCACACACGUGUGAGGUUGGGCAGGCAGCACGUGUGCCUCCGGCAGCUAGACCUGGUAUGCACACAGCCCCUCAGACAGCCGGUUGACCAGCCCCCUGGAGAACCAGCCACAGAGCUACUGCAUUAACUGCACAUCAGUCUGGCCCAAAGUGAACGAACGUCAGUCAAACUUGUGCUCGGUCUACUGGUCUUUCUAAGGAGUGUCCCUGACUCCGAAGUAUUUCAGCUUAACCCGGUCUCCCAGGAAGCAUCGACCGGUGGUAAACGAGGACCAAUAUGUUUAUCCUCUUUUUUUAACCAUUAUGUCACUAACUGCUUUGGUCAUCAUGAUCUUAUUUAGUCCAUGUUUUGUAUUUUUAAAUACAUGUCUUGAAUGUUUUCUUUAUCUUUUUGUUUCUGUUCAUAUGUAUGCUGGGGAUAUUCUAAUGUUUUCCUUCCGGGAAGGACUUUUUAUCUGUAAAAAAACACUAACUUCUAAAAGUAUAUAAUAAUAAGAUUUUUUAUUAUGUAACACUAAAGUCUAAAGGAUAUAAAAACAAAUGCAUUUUAUUGUCUAGUCACAGAAUGAAAAACACAGAAGAAAACAGGCUAUCUUUUAAAUCAAAAAGACAUGGUACUACUUUUGAGAGAAUUUACACUGACGCACAUUAUAUGUUCUCUCACUUCCCUUUUCAUUGUAGCUGUAUAUCUGAGCCUUUUAUUGUGCUUUCGGACUGUUUGGGGUCUAAAGCUGCAUUAAUUGGGAAUGUGUCCCCCGGCAUAUACUUUUAAACCAAAUAUGGAUUUCAACCACUACCUCUUUUCCACCUUUCUGAAGAACACGGUGGAUGGAGGCUCCUUGCUUCUUUGAGUUGUUUCUCCUGUAUUUGCACAAUGCGAUAUUUUUUAUACUGUUACAUUUUUUAUCAUAUGUGACCCGUUCUAUCGUAAUCAGUUGUAAAUCAAUGGCUUUACUCAUAAAUAUGUUUAUGUAUAAAUGAUCAUUUUUGGGUGUUUCAGUAUUUCAUCAUUUUGUAGAACAGUAUAUUGGCUUUCAUAGUAUGCAUUCAGAGUAAAAAUACAGUUUUUAAGCUUUUAAACUCAAAAUGUUGAAGUGAAAUUGUUUGGAGGCUAGCCAGCAUUUCACUGUUCACCAGUCACAAGCAACCACGUCAACAGCGUUUGUGGCUACAGUAUGUUAGUGUAUUUACAUUCAAGGUCUGUAGGACUUAAUGUCAAGAGUUAAUGUUCAGAGUAAAUAUAUAGUUUUAAAGGGUUGAUACAUAAGAUGGCAAGUUAUAGCCCCAGAGUUUUGUUAGCUCAUGUAACUCUCGCUACGAAACUUUGAAGCCGUUUUCGUCAUGUUUUUUUUUGGCUCUCAAAAUCUAACGGAACACAACUCCCUUGAUAUCUGGAGUAGAGAGAUAACUUUGGUCUCCUUAGAAAGCUUAAUUAGUUUAUAAAACUCAAAAUAUGUUUUGGGUUUCAACUUAUUUUGCUAGAGCAGGUCACAUAUCCACUAACAAAAUAUUUGGGAUUUGUCUACCAAAUGUUUCUUUUCAUUUGAAAAGUCAAUUUAAAUUUGAAAUGUAAAUUAAAAAUAAAUAUUUACAUUUUCAAGAAAAUAUUA